AUGCGACACCUGCGCCUCCUAAGUGCAGUUAAUGGUGGUAAAACAAGAAUUUCAUAUGAAAGAGAUGAUUUACUAUGCUGCAAAUGCUUGGAGCUUACAUCAAGAUUGGAUGAUGACAAUGUUGAAGACUGGGCUCAUCCUCCUGUACAUUCAUCCACUUUUCAUCUGUAUGGUGACACGGACAUUGUGCAGAUGGUUGUACAGCCAGCGAAAGAAAAUAGUGAAGGAGAAAGCAGUGAAGAAGAUGAGGAAGUUAUAAUAGCAUUUGAUGAACUGAAGACUGAUUACAAGAAUCCUAUAGACCAAUGUAAUACACUGAAUCCUACAGUUGAAAAGGUCAAAAAGAUUAAAAGAAUCAAAAUUGCAUUAAAGCUGGUGCUUCCAGAGUAUCUUAUCCAUGCUUUCUUCUGUGUCAUGUUCCUCUGUGCAGCAGAAUGGCUGACAUUGGGUCUUAAUAUGCCUCUUUUGGCCUACCAUGUCUGGAGGUACAUGAGCAGGCCUGUUAUGAGUGGACCAGGAUUGUACGACCCUACGACCAUCAUGAACGCUGAUAUUUUAGCAUACUGUCAAAAGGAAGGAUGGUGCAAACUAGCAUUUUAUCUUCUAUCAUUUUUCUAUUACUUAUAUGGAAUGAUAUAUGUCUUGGUGAGUUCUUAAGAUCUGUUGCAGGCACACCAGUCCAGUCACCUGCAUGCCAAAUCAAAUGUUAUAUGAAGGAGGAUUUCCAGAAACAAUAUUGCAAUCAAAAUUGGCCUGUAAUAUGAGUUACCUUAUGUGGAUUACCCCAUUUUAUAUAAAAACAAUAAAUGUAUAAAAAAAGGCUGCUGUUUUGGGGUUUUUUGUAUAUGUAUGUAUAUACAUAUUUAAAUUGACUUACUAGGUCUAAUUCUGGUAGCUGGAUGUAGGCCUUUUGAAACCAGUCAUUUGCUGCAAAAUUAAAAGCUGCUUCACCAAA